AUGUGGCGUUGUGAGCAGAUACGACGACGGCACGGGGCCGAUGUAUACAUCCAAGUCCGCUUCAAAGGCAGGUUCUAUGAAUACUCGUCUUCCAAUGAGCACAAUUUCCCUAAAUCUCGCAAUGAGUUGAAAACGAUCUAUCCGGUUCCGGUGACAAGAUCGCCACUGGACUAUGCGGAAAGAAGAUCUCGAAGCGACGUCAAAGGUCAAUCUGGCGUGAUUAGCGGUUGA